AUGUGUGAAUCAUCAAAUAAGACUGAAAAUGAUAUAGUCAGAUUGUCACAAGCUAUGGAUGUCCUGGCUAAGUUGAUCAUUUCAAAGCAAAAAGAUGGAUCACAAUUACAAGUUGAGUACGAGCAUAAGUUGAAAGAAUUAGAGAAAUUCAUUAACCUACUACUGGGAUUGCAUGAAAGCACUGUGGGAAGUAUGAUGAAUACUAGUGUUCUUGACAUGGUACUGCGGAAUGGAAUAGAGAUCAUGGAAAAAGACGAUCAAAAAUAUGCCCUGAUACCGAUUAAAGCCAAGGAAGAGGCAGAUAAAACUACGAGCACUAUUCAGGGAGUAACCAGCAAAAAGAGUAGUAAAAAGAAAAAAAAUAAGAUAAAAUGUUCAUUUUGUCACGAGGCUGGCCACACAAGGGCACACUGCGGUGCGAGACUGACAGUUAUACCCAAGAAAUAA